GUCAGUUCUGCAGGAGGUUCUGUACGUGGCAGCGACUAAAAGACUUCACUGUUCGGUUCAGAGCGUUGGGCUGCCAAGUGUUUUUGCAUCUAGGUCCCAUCCAGACACGUUUAUCUUCCUAUUUCGCGAGGUUUAAGGCUGUUGAAAAAAGAAGGAAAGAAUGGGGAAAUCCCUGUUUUUCUUCUCCUGGGCUCUGCUCUCCUGCUGCUGCUGGAACACGCAGGCAGAGGUCUUCACUUCUAUCGGUCAAAUGACGGACCUGAUCUACACAGAGAAGGAGCUGGUCCAGUCUCUGAGGGAAUACAUAAGAGCAGAGGAGUCCAAACUAGCUGCGGUCAAAGGCUGGGCCAGUAAACUUGACGCACUGACCCGAGUGUCCACCUCUGACCCUGAGGGUUACCUCGCCCACCCAGUAAACGCCUACAAACUGAUGAAGAGACUCAACACGGAGUGGUCUGAAGUGGAGAGUCUGGUGCUUCAGAACCCCGCUGAUGGGUUCAUUUCCAACAUGUCUAUACACAGACAAUACUUCCCAGAUGCGGAGGAUGAGACGGGUGCAGCCAAGGCGCUGAUGCGUCUUCAGGACACGUACCAACUGGACUCUGAGGCCUUCUCUAAAGGGAAGCUGCCAGGUGUGCACUCCAAUGCCAUGCUGACGGUGGACGACUGCUUCGACAUGGGCAAAACUGCCUACAACGACGCGGAUCAUUACCAUGCUGUGCUAUGGAUGCAGCAGUCUUUAAAACAGCUGGACGCUGGUGAUGAGUCGGUGGUUUCCAAGGCAGACAUUUUGGACUACCUCAGCUACUCCGUUUACCAAAUGGGAGACCUGCCUCGAGCCAUUGAGCUGACUCGCCGGCUGGUGGCGAUUGAUUCCAAACAUGAGAGGGCAGGAGGAAACCUCCGUUAUUUUGAGCGCCUCCUGUUCAAGCAGCUCAAUGAGCUGAACCAGCCAUACCAGCCUCCAUCUGAGGAACCCAUUCAGCUGGGAACCUACAGCAGACCCAAAGACCAGCUCCCAGAGAGGGAGGCCUACGAGGCCCUCUGCAGAGGAGAGGGGCUCCAAAUGACUGAGGCGAGACGCAGCCGCUUGUUCUGUCGCUACCAGGACGGUAAACGCAACCCUCGUCUCCUCUUCAAGCCCAUGAUGGAGGAGGAUGAGUGGGACAGCCCUCACAUUGUGCGUUACCUGAACAUGCUGUCCGACGAGGAGAUUGGGAAGAUUAAGGAGCUGGCUAAACCCAGGCUUGCCAGAGCUACUGUCCGGGAUCCUAAAACAGGUGUCCUGACCACAGCAAACUACAGAGUGUCCAAAAGUGCAUGGUUGGAGGAAGAGGACGAUCCCGUUAUUGAGAGUGUCAAUCAAAGAAUAGAAGACAUCACAGGCCUUAACGUCCAAACUGCAGAGCUACUACAGGUUGCAAACUAUGGAGUUGGAGGACAGUACGAGCCACAUUUUGACUUCUCCAGGAGAGAUGAGCCAGAUGCCUUCAAAAGAUUAGGCACUGGAAAUCGUGUGGCAACAUUUUUGAACUACAUGAGUGACGUCGAGGCCGGAGGUGCCACGGUCUUUCCUGACUUUGGAGCAGCAAUCAGACCUAGAAAGGGAACAGCAGUAUUCUGGUACAAUCUGUUCAGGAGCGGGGAGGGAGACUACCGGACCAGACAUGCGGCCUGUCCGGUCUUAGUAGGGUGUAAAUGGGUGUCAAACAAGUGGAUUCACGAGCGAGGGCAAGAGUUCAGGAGACCGUGUGGCCUGACGGAAGUGGACUGAACAUCUAAAAAAAAAAAACGUGCA